ACGAUAAUGGCUGCGCCCAGUGUUUUUCGACGAAUGGUCUUGCAUAAUACAAAUAGAACCAUUUGUUACAAAAUCAGAAUCAACUACAUUUAUAGAUUUUCUUCGUCUCACACCAAUGAGGGCCAUGUUGCUCCUCCAAACGUAUUGAAGAGAUACUUGCUGGACCAUGUCACCAAGUUUGUUGAUAGAAGAACGGUAGUGCUAGAGGAACAGUACCCAAGAGUAUUUCAUAUUUACAGAACGUUUAGAACAGGAUUUUCAAGUUUUGUGAAGGAUGCCAAGGAUUAUUACCAGAUAUCAUCAGAGUUGUGGAAUGGUCGAGCUUUCAGUUACUUCUCCAGAACAGAGCUGGAGAUCUAUCGUCAGUUUCCAAAGGACAUCAGACAUUUUCUCCCCAUCCUGUUGAUAACUCUUAUACCUGGUGGUUCAUUUAUAUUUCCACUGGCAUACUAUUUUCCAAAGUACCUACUGUCUCAUCAUUUCUGGACAGACAAGCAGAAGAUGGAUUUUGAGCAGGAGAAUUUAAAGUGUCGACUCCGCCAUUAUCCGUCUGUUCUGCAAUCACUUCGGUCUCACACCAGACAUGUGAAAGAUGUGGUCCUCAGAGAAAAGAUUGUCCGACUUGUAAGCAAGAUAGAGCAUGGGGUUCAACCAACUGUUGAAGAAAUUUUGGCGGUGAAACCUCUGUUUUGUUCAUCACCAUACCACCUGCAGAGAAUGCCAGUAACAUAUCUGAGACGUCUGGGCAAGACACAAGGAAUGUCGCAGCGGCGGAAGAGACUGAUGCAAGACGCCAUGCUGCUGUUGAACACAGACCAGGCCAUGCUUAAAGAAGGAAUCAGCAACAUGGACGACGCUGCAUUACACAAGGUUUGUUUCUGGAGAGGUCUCAACCCAGUUGGUUUGCAGAGACAGGAACAGAUUGACUUUCUACAGCAGUGGACCCGUAUCAGUCAACAAACUGACGAUGAAAGCAUGUCACUACUGUUGCACUGUGGGGUGUUUUACAGCAGUCCUUGUUCUCUGUCGAACCCAUUUGUAAUGGUGCACUUUAACAAAACAGCCAUUCCUUUUACAGAGAUGUGGAAGAAGACUUUACUGGAAUAUCAUUAUUAA